AUCAAAACCAAAACAAAAACAUUUAAUUUUUUGGUUAACUUUUGGUUUAAUUUGAAACCAAUUUAAAACACAAUUAACACAACAUUACGAUUAUCUCCCGCUUUGGGAUCAACUGAAGUGAUGUCUCCGUCCGGAAACGGGCCCACCAUUACUGCCAACGAAAGCAGUCACAGCUUUCAUGUCUUCGGCGACAGCGGAUCCACUCUCGAGAAUUCAAUUGAAUUUCUCAACAAAAGCCGUCAAUCGGUUCGUAAGGAUAAGGUGUGUGUCGUGUCUGUCAUCGGGAAGUCCUGUCUAUCGGCCCACAACUCGAAGGCCUCACUCAUCGACCAAUCGAUCGGCAAAAAUGUCUUUCGCGGCCUUUUCUGCCAAAUGAAGACCAUAUUUGAAGAAACG